AUGAAAGAUGCUGGAGAAGAUGAAGAAAGGAAGGGUUCGAUAGACGCUAUGGCAAGGGAGGAUACCAACCCGGUGCUGACUCAAGUCAGUCCUGGGGGUCAAUUUACGCCCGUGGCUUCUCAGAACCCAUUGCCAACAACCAACUCACGCCUACAACGGCCACUGACUGUUGAGGAAAAACUCCCCAGGCUGACUCAAGUGAACCUCGUGGGAAUCCCUGGGAAAUGCCACAUUUUCGAAACAACCUUUGUCUUUGAUUACCAGGGUUCCGAGUCAGGAACAGUUGCAGAACGGAUUCUCUCGACAGUCUUGCACUCCCUGGAGGAAGCGAUCAAUAAUUCUCCUCAUGAAUUGCGGAUUCUUCCAAUUUCUGACAGCACUUAUAAACCGCAGAACUUAUUGAUUCGAUCAUCGGCGGACAUUCGUAACAAACUACCAAAUUAUUGGGCUCUUUCGGUCUACUGCGAUAUGGACUACGGAAACUGUGCUUACGCUGCCACUAACAGUAAACCGGGCGAGAAGAAGUUGCGUACCAGGCUACGGGGCGGCUUUGCCUCAGAUGUUUCGACAGAGGCAGUUCAAGACUACUUGCACAUAGGACUUUGA